GUUGACUUUGACGAUGGGAACUGCCCAUCCUUCUACAACCAAGUCAAAGGGAUUCACAAUGUCAUUCAGGCGGUGACAAGCCGGCUCCCAGGUGUUUCUUACAUUUCUCAGGCUCCAGUGCUCAUGCUGCGUCCCCGUGCCUGGAACAUGGUGGAGCACAACAUGAUGGUGGAGGGGAAGGAGGCUCCUGGUCCUCUGUUUGACUUUGGGCUGCUCAUGUUUCACUGUGGACAGAUUCUGUUUGAACACCAGAGCGGGCCUUUCUUUUAUCUGUCAAAG